GAUUCAACUUUCCAAUUGAUUAAUUUUGGCAGCAACAGUCACCAACAUCAAUGCAAAUCCCGGGCGUGCGACGCUCUGGAAAAGACAGCCCUACUUUUUUGUUUUUUUGAAUACGCUACAACCAUGUCGACGACUGCCGAUCAACCUACACAAUGGCCCCAGUUGCCAACGAUCGAACUUCCUCCAUUUCUUGAGUUUCUCAAAUUAAAAAGCUUUCCGUUAAAGGUCUAUCCACCCGUCUACGAACGUCCGAAAUUAACACACGACACGCUAUAUAUUUACGGGCCCGGUUGGAGGAAUUCAUGGGGUAGUUUCGACGUGGAAUGUUUGCAAAUGCAGAUCUACCUAAAGUUUUGUGAUAUUGAGUUUGAAGCAAAGAACAAUAACGAGCCCAACAGUUCACCCUCUGGAAAGCUGCCAUAUCUAGCAACUGUAACAGGCGCUGUUUACGACACGGAUCAAAUUCACAAAUGGGUUUCUGAAAGGAACAAGACAAAAGCAUUGGCAUCAAUAGCUGACAGUGAACAAGCUAAAGCAUUCAUUGCAUUGGCUCGUACAAAGUUGCACGCCGCAUGGCUCUUUUCAGCAUGGCUUGAGCCCCUCAAUUACUCGGAAAUCACAUCAAAGGCUUAUUACGGCCAUGUUCCUGGACCGAUAAACCAUCUUUUGGCCUAUCAGAAGCAAAAUGAGGUGGUACACGAAUUGUUGACUGAUCGGGACAUUUUGGUCCGUGAAGAGAUUUACAAAGAUGCGGCACAGGCACUAGAAGCCCUGUCCAUUAAAUUGGGCGACAGUGCAUACUUUUACGGCUCUAGUGAGCCUACUUGGCUAGACGCUGUCAUCUUCUCAUACAUUCAUGCUAUCAUGUCGAUGCCGACCCUACCUGGAAGCACGUUGGGAGAUGAGGAGAAAAAGCAGGCAACUACUCUGCGGAACUUGGUUCGCAAGCAUGAAAAUCUUGUCCGUUAUGCCAAGACCAUCUACGAUGAAUGGUUAAAAUAAAGCAUAGGAGCACUAAAAAAAGUGCUGUAAUCUAUGAUCAAAAGCUGUUAUAGUUGCUAAAUAGAAAACGUGUGCGCGCAACACUCGCCAACAGCACCGGUACGAUUUGUUAGAUGAUCAUGCGAG